GAAGGGAAGGAUCUGAUAAGCGAUGUAGGGGAUGUAGGGGAUGAAGGGGAUGAAGGGGAUGAACCACCACACAAAAACAGCGUGGGCGUAUGAGGGCAUCCCGUCCUCCCCGUCAUGCUCGUCCUCGUCCUUCUUGUCUUGUUUGUUGUCGUUCGUCCUCUUAAUCACUCUCUCCCUCUCCCCCUUCCUUCUCACGCUCCGUGACACCUCGCCGUCGCACCUAGGUCUCACUAUACCUGCCCCACCCCGUGCAACAACCACCCCGUCAUCAGCCAUGUCGUGGUCCAACAUCUUCGCGGAGAAGGAGAAGGAGAAGGCGCAGGAGCCAGAGCAGUUGCAGGAACCAGAGCAGUUGCAGGAGCCAGAGCAGUCGCAGGAGCCAGAGCAGUUGCAGGAGCCAGAGCAGUCGCACAAAAUCUCCGACUCCGAGCCACGCACCCCCGGUGACACCUCUAAGCACAUCUACGGCGCAAAGUCGCUGGGUGUAAAGCGUAUCGAGGCCAUCUCGGCCCAGUUCACGGGAUUGGACCGCAUUAUCCUGUUUUGCAGCAUCUUUCUCGUCGCUUAUGCGUAUGGUCUCGAUGGAACGAUUAGAUAUACUUACCAGCCACUUGCGACAGCGAGCUUUAGUCAACACAGUCUGCUGGCCACCGUCACCGUCCUGCGCUCCAUCAUAGGCGCCGCAGCACAGCCAGCAGCAGCCAAGAUUGCCGAUGUGUUUGGCCGCGUCGAGCUCGUCAUCAUCGCCAUAUUCUUCUAUGCCCUCGGGACCAUCAUCGAGGCGGUCUCGAACGGCGUUUCUUCCUUCGCGGCGGGCGCGGUGCUGUACCAGGUCGGCUACACCAUCAUCAUGCUCCUCGCUGAAGUCCUCAUCGCGGAUCUAACUUCCCUCCGCUCCCGUCUGUUCUUCUCGUACCUCCCCGCAGCCCCAUUCCUCAUCAACACCUGGGUCAGCGGCAAUGUUACCGCCGCCGUCUUGAAAGAUGCAGGCUGGCGAUGGGGUGUCGGCAUGUGGGCCCUCAUCUUCCCCAUCUGCGCUAUGCCCCUCCUCAUCACCCUCCUCCUCGCCGGCCGCCGCGCCGACCGCGCCGGCACGCUCGCCUCCUUCAAGACGCCCUUCCAGGCCCUCGGCUGGAAGCAGUUCGUCAUCGAGCUGUUCUGGCAACUCGACGUCGUGGGCAUCAUCCUCAUCAUCGCCGUCUUCUCGCUCAUCCUCGUGCCCCUCACCCUCGCCGGCGGCGUCAGGGAGACCUGGAAGACGGCGCAUAUCAUCGCGCCCCUCGUCAUCGGCGUCUUCACCAUCCCCGUCUUCAUCCUGUGGGAGAAGAACUGCAAGCACCCCAUGGUCCCCUUCCGCCUCCUCAAGGACCGCGGCGUCUGGAGCGCCCUGCUCGUCGCCAUCAUGCUCAACACGGCAUGGUACAUGCAGGGCGACUACCUGUACACCGUCCUCAUCGUGGCGUUUGGCGAGUCCGUUAAGUCGGCUACGCGCAUCACCUCGCUGUACAGCUUUGUCUCGGUCAUCACGGGGCUCAUCACUGGCAUCGUCGUUCGCUUCGUGCACUACCUCAAGCCUUUCAUCGUUGCUGGUACUGCACUCUUCACCGUCGCUUAUGGUCUGCUCAUCCACUACCGCGGUGGUACGGGUGGCGCGAACCACUCUGGGAUUAUUGGCGCGCAGGUCCUUCUUGGUAUCGCUGGUGGUCUGUUCCCGUACACCGCACAGGCUAGUAUUCAGGCCGCUACUAAGCACGAGCGUACGUUCCCCCCUUCUCUGCUUACCAAGUAAAGUAAAGUAAACUAACCCCCCAAAGAUGUCGCCGUCAUAACCGCCCUCUACCUCGCCAACUACUAUGUCGGCA